CUCUUCUUCUUAUUAAUUUUUUUUCCUUCUCUCUAUCUCUCUCAUGGAAACUACUUUCUGUUCCCUCCCUUUCAUUUUCUUCACUGACAGAGAAUACCUGCACACUCUCUCACGCACGCACGCAUACUCUAAUCAGAGCCCCAGACCCACACCCUAUUGAUAGAGAGAGAGAGAGAGAGAGACAGUGCAGAGAAAACACAGAGAUUUUCCCCAAGCCAACACAGAUCAUACCUUCUCAUUAUCAUUUCUUGCCUUUUUACCCCUGCCGCUCGAUUCAUCAAAUCCCCAUGAAACAAACCCCUUAUAACUCUCUCCUCCUCCUUUUCUAUCUACCCUAGCCAACCAAACUAGAUAACGAAGUGAUAAUAACAUUAGCAGGCUUCUCUUCAUCUUCUGUAAUAAACUCUUCUUUUCUUUCUUUAAACUCCUAGCUUUUACACAUUUUCUCAAGUUGGUUUUGAUGGGUUUUUGAUUUUUUAUAGGAUUUCUAGUUUUUCUUAAGUUUUUAGAGCUUCAAUAUACAGGCUUCUCUUCUGGGUUUUCUUCUUUUUUUAUGGAGAACUACCGCCAUUUUGACAAUGGUGAUACCCAUUUACCUCCUGGCUUUAGGUUCCACCCUACUGAUGAGGAACUUAUCACCUACUAUCUUCUCAAAAAGGUUCUUGAUAGUAAUUUCACUGGCAGGGCCAUUGCUGAGGUGGAUCUUAACAAGUGCGAGCCAUGGGAGCUGCCUGAUAAAGCGAAAAUGGGAGAGAAAGAGUGGUACUUCUUUAGCUUACGAGAUAGGAAAUACCCAACUGGGUUAAGAACUAAUAGAGCAACUGAAGCUGGUUAUUGGAAAGCUACAGGGAAAGAUAGAGAGAUUUAUAGCUCAAAGACUUGUGCUCUUGUGGGUAUGAAGAAGACUUUGGUAUUUUACAGAGGUAGAGCUCCUAAGGGAGAAAAAAGCAACUGGGUUAUGCAUGAAUAUCGUCUUGAAGGCAAAUUUGCCUACCAUUUUCUCUCCCGCAGCUCAAAGGAUGAGUGGGUUAUCUCCCGAGUCUUCCAGAAAAGCGGCGGGGCCACCAGUAAUAGCAGCAGUAGCAGCGCCACAAAGAAAACCCGUUUCAGCAAUACUAUCAACCUCUACCCAGAAGCCAACUCUCCCUCGUCGGUGUCUCUCCCGCCGCUUCUUGAUCCUGCUGCGACGGCAACUACCAUUACUACCGCCGCGUCAACCACUACUCUCAAUGACCGUGACAGCUGCUCCUAUGACAGCCAUGCUCAACCUGAGCACGUGUCCUGUUUCUCCACCAUUGCAGCCGCUGCUUCCGCCGCUGCUAACCAGAACACCACUUUUGAUUUCACUCCGCCACCUCUCCUCCCUAUGACAGCGGAUCCAUUUGGUCGGUUCCCAAGAAACAUGGGUGUCUCAGCUUUCCCUAGCUUGAGGUCUCUGCAAGAGAAUCUUCAGUUACCUUUCUUUUUCUCUUCUCCAUCCCCUGUUGUGGCUGCUGCGCCAUUUAAUGGAGGUGGUACCACUACUGGCAUGAAUUGGAUGGCAGCAGGUUCGGAGGAGGGUGGCGCUGCCAACGUUGGUGCUGCUAAUGGUGGUUCUAGUGGUGGUGGAAGGGUGGCGAUGGGUCCCACCGAGCUUGACUGCAUGUGGACCUACUAAUCAGUCUUUUAAUUAAAAUUAUUAAUGUAUUUACUUUGUUAAUUAGUUGUGUUUUGUUAUUAUCUUGUGUAAUGUCUCUUUUAAGACUAUUUAAUCAGUUUUUAUGUGAUGUUUUAAAUAUUAGAUUUCGGGUUAUGAUUAGGGCUACUGGUGUAUUUGUAGGUUUUAAAAGAUUUUCAGGUUAAUUAUGAUAUGGUGAUUCUGCUUAUUUGCUUAUCUGUAGAAA